GGACAGGGGCGCGGAGCUCUGGGAAAGUGCACCAGGCUCCCGAAAGCUGAACACUGGAGUCGCGCGUCGCCCCCACAGCAGCGGUAAAGCGGAAGUUAUGCUGCAGCCGGAGCCCGGGGUUCCUCCCGGAGCCGCGUCCCGGGGCCCGGCUGCCCCGCGCUGAGCGGAGCAUCCUUUCCGGGUGAGGGAGGAGGGGACUUGGUGCGUUCCCCUCGCUGCACCGGGAGCCGCAGCCGCGGUGUUCAUGCUGCGGAGCAGCCAGGCUCCUCCGACGAAAACCUGCAUUUCUUUGCUUGCCGGGCGUUUGCCUUAAAAAUGGACAAAGACGCCGCCCUCCGGGGUCUUCCUGUUUGCUUGACCCUGAGAGCGCCUUUUUGCUUCAGGACGUGUUGGAUGCUCCUGUUCUCCGAAUUCUGAUACGCUUCUGGGCAUAACAUUGAACCACAAAACUGCGCUCUUGCUCUCUCUGUGGUUGGCCGAAAAUAGGAUUAUUUUUCGUGCAGGUGUCGUUGUUUAGUCGGCUUUAUUAAGACAUUAAAAUGGCUCUACCCAAAGACGCCGUCCCCUCGCUGUCCGAGUGCCAGUGCGGGAUCUGCAUGGAAAUCCUCGUCGAGCCCGUCACCCUCCCGUGUAACCACACGCUGUGUAGACCGUGCUUCCAAUCGACCGUCGAAAAGGCGAGUUUAAGCUGUCCCUUCUGUCGCCGCCGGGUGUCUUCGUGGACUCGGUACCAUACCCGCAGAAAUUCUCUUGUCAACAUGGAACUGUGGAAGGUAAUUCAAAAACACUAUGCCAGGGAGUGCAAGCUUAGAGCGUCUGGGCAAGAAUCAGAGGAAGUGGCUGAUGACUAUCAGCCAGUUCGUCUGUUAAGUAAACCUGGGGAAUUGAGAAGAGAAUAUGAAGAGGAAAUAAGCAAGGUGGAGGCAGAGCGACGGGCCAGCGAGGAAGAAGAAAACAAAGCCAGUGAAGAAUACAUACAGAGGUUAUUGGCAGAGGAGGAAGAAGAGGAAAAAAGACAGGCAGAAAAAAGGCGAAGAGCGAUGGAAGAACAACUGAAAAGUGAUGAGGAGCUGGCAAGAAAGCUAAGCAUUGAUAUUAACAAUUUCUGUGAGGGAAGUAUCUCGGCUUCUCCCUUGAAUUCCAGAAAAUCUGAUCCAGUUACACCCAAGUCUGAAAAGAAAAGUAAGAACAAACAAACAAACACUGGAGAUAUUCAGAAGUAUUUGACACCUAAAUCUCAGUUUGGGUCAGCCUCACACUCUGAAGCUGUACAAGAAGUCAGGAGAAACUCCCUAUCUAAGGACAUUGACAGUAGUGAUAGGAAAAGCCCAACAGGGCAAGACACGGAAAUAGAAGAUAUGCCGACACUUUCUCCACAGAUACCCCUUGGAAUUGGAGAACAAGGUGCAGAUUCUUCAAUAGAGUCCCCUAUGCCAUGGUUAUGUGCCUGUGGUGCCGAAUGGUGCCAUGAAGGAAACGUCAAAACAAGACCAAGCAAUCAUGAGAAAGAGUUGUGUGUCUUAAGUCACGAGCGACCUGAAACCAGAGUUCCCUACUCGAAAGAAACUGCAGUUACGCCUUGUGGCAGAACAGAAAGUGGGUGCGCCCCCACAUCAGGGGUGACACAGACAAAUGGAAACAACACAGGUGAGACAGAAAAUGAAGAGUCGUGCCUACUGAUCAGUAAGGAUAUUUCCGAAAGAAAGAACCAAGAAUCUUCCUUUGAAGCAGUCAAGGAUCCAUGCUUUUCUGCAAAAAGAAGAAAAAUGUCCCCCGAAUCUUCCCCAGAUCAAGAGGAAACAGAAAUAAACUUUACCCAAAAACUGAUAGAUUUGGAGCAUCUGCUGUUUGAGAGACAUAAACAAGAAGAACAGGACAGGUUAUUGGCAUUACAACUUCAGAAGGAGGUGGAUAAAGAGCAAAUGGUACCAAACCGGCAAAAAGGAUCCCCAGAUGAGUAUCACUUACGCGCUACAUCCUCCCCUCCAGACAAAGUGCUAAAUGGACAGAGGAAGAAUCCCAAAGAUGGGAACUUCAAAAGGCAAACCCAUACAGAGCAUCCAACACCAGAGAGAGGCUCAAGGGACGAAAACAGGCAACUGUCUUUAAAGAUGCAGUUGAAGCAGUCAGUUAAUAGAGGAAAGACACCAAAUUCUACUAGAGAUCGCUGUAAGGUAUCCAAAAGUGCUCACUCCCUGCAGCCUAGCGUCUCACAGAAAAGUGUUUUUCAGAUGUUUCGGAGAUGCACAAAGUAAUGCCUGGUAAAGGGAGCGCUUUGUGAUCUAGUAAAGCUGGGUUGUGAAGCUCUUUCCUAUCA